AUGAAGUUCUCCUCUACGCUCGGGGCCUUGGGGGCCUCGAGUAUACUGUUGUCUGGCACUGCUGCGGUCGAGUUGGACAUCAACUCGCCAGACUCGAUCAAGCAAGCUGCAAAGGCCAUCUCUGCGAAUCUGCGGCAGAUGUAUACCGGUGACAGGCCAGGCGACGUGCCUGGCAAUCUUCCGGCACCGUACUACUGGUGGGAAUGCGGCGCCAUGUUCAACGCCUUCAUCGAUUACUGGUACUAUACCGGCGACGACCAGUACAACAAGAUCACGACACAGGCCCUGGAGCAUCAAAUUGGAGACCCCAAGUACAAGGCAUUCAUGCCUGACAAUCAGACCAAAACGCUCGGAAACGAUGAUCAGGCUUUUUGGGGCAUGGCUGCCAUGUCUGCUGCAGAGAACAAGCUGCCAGAUCUUGGAAACGGGCAACCUUCUUGGCUGGCCCUUGCGCAGGCUACUUUCACCACCCAGAAGGAUCGUUGGGACUCGGCAAACUGCGGUGGAGGUUUGAAGUGGCAGAUCUUCACCUUUAAUAAUGGGUACAACUACAAGAACACAAUUUCUAAUGGAUGCUUCUUCAACAUCGCGGCACGCCUCUACAAGUACCUUGGGACUGAUUCGUACGCCGAGUGGGCUGAGAAGGCAUGGGAGUGGGAACUCGCUACGGGCCUGAUGAGCAAGGAUUUCCACUUCUACGACGGAACCGACGACAAGACGAAUUGCACCAAUAUCAACAAGAUUCAGUGGACCUACAAUGCUGGCGUACAUAUGGCUGGUGCUGCAGCAAUGUGGAAUGUGACUCAGAACGAUAAGUGGCGGGUUAGGCUCAAGGGUCUCAUCGACGGAACUAGCGUCUUUUUCAAAGACAACGUCAUGACAGAAGUCGCAUGCGAAAAUAACGGCAAGUGUGACACGGAUCAACGAUCGUUCAAGGCCUAUCUUUCCCGCUGGAUGGGGUACACCGCCAUUGUCGCUCCUUGGACCCGCGAGUUCAUCGAUCCCCUCCUCAAGGCGUCCGCCCAGGCUGCUGCCAAGCAGUGUAAUGCGGGUACAGACCAGACGUCAUGCGGCCUGCGCUGGACUAACAACGGAGUCAACGACGGCAGUUUUGGUGUCGGUGAACAGAUGGCUGCUCUGGAAGUUGUUCAGAGUUUGCUCUAUCCGCAAGCACCCGGCCCGGCUACGGCGAAGGCGGGUGGCAUCUCCACGAGUGACCCCAACGCCGGUUCCAAUGUGCCGGCAACACCAAUUACCUUUAACCCUGUUACCACCGGAGACAAGGCUGGCGCUAGUAUCCUCACCCUACUUAUCCUAGUCGGCAUCCUUGUCGGUGCUUGGUGGAUGGUCUCAUAG